CCGCCACUCAUCAAUCUAUCACGACACCUCCUAGAUCGGCCACAACAGAAUCGCAACCAUGGGCCUAGUCGACUACUCCGAUUCGGAAUCCGAGACCGAAACCGUACAGCAAAAGCCGAACCCUGCCGCAGCUGCAUCCUCGAAGAAACCGUUCCAGAAGCUCCUCGAUCGCACUUCUGGCCCCGGCAAAAUUGUCGUCAACCUUUCAGCCGCGGGUACAGCUUCCGAUGCCAACGUCGAGGACGAGCAACCACCGGCGAAGCGUGUAAAGACUGCCGGCACUAGCAGGUUUAGCGGCCUCGGCUCAUUCUUGCCACCACCUAAAAGGGCGGCAGCAGCAGCAGCAGCAGCAGCAACGCCAGGUGGAUCGGCAGCAUUGGGGAGGAAAUCUGGCACCGCGCCCGCUCCUGGCGUACAUCUCCGCACUGGCGCCGAGCCGGCAUUCGCCAGGGGGGGCGGCGACGGUGAGGCUGCAGAUGUCGAUGGCGACCUUGCGCCUAGUUCCAAGAACCGCGCCGGGCCCUCGAUACCCGAAGGGCAAAAGCCAGAGGAAGAAGUGAAGCUGGUGGGCAAGCCGCUCAUGUUCAAGCCCCUUUCGGUGGCCAGGAAGAGGGCGCCGGCGAAGAACAAGAAAAAGGACACAGCACUCCAAACAGCUAGCCCAUCCCCAGGCGCGGCCGCCCUCCAAAACCACCCAUCGACGACGACGACACCCCCCACAGCGUCAAGUACAGCGCCUCCGCCCCAAAAGAAAAUCUCCCUCUUUUCCAUGGGCGACGACGAACCCACCCCAACCACAAACCCCACCACCGCCGCCGCCGCAACAGGCAGCUACCAACCGCUCUUCACCUCAACCGAACCGACCCUCCCCGACGAAGAAAGCGACGUAACCUCGGCCUACCCAACCUACCAACCCCCAGAACCCACCACCCAACACCAACAACAUCACCACCAACAACAACAACAACACGACUCCCUAGCCUCCCUAACCGCCAACCUCUCCCGCGCCGCCCAGCGCGAGCUCUUCGGCCGCCCCACCUCCACCUCCACCUCCUCUUCUACCGGACCCUCCCUCCCCGCCAACGCCAGGGUGAUCGACUUCAACAUGGAGCGGGAGUACGCGCACAACGAGGCGCUGCGGCAGUCGGGCGCGGCGCAGCCGGCGUACAACCCGGUGCGGUCGAUCGCGCCGGGCAAGCACAGCCUGCGGCAGGUGGUCAACAUGGCGCAGAGCAACCAGGACGCGCUGGAGGAGAGCUUUGCGCGCGCCAAGAGCAGCCAGAAGGAUGCCGCGGGGAGGUAUGGGUGGUAGGAGG